CGGUGGCGCUAGUGGGGGAAGGGGCCGCUGAAGUUGACGGAACCGCCAUCUUGAAAAGUGCCCUCCGAUGAUCUACCUUUUCGCGCCUGUCAGAAUCAGUUUAAAACGCGUUAUUUUCCUUCGGAAUUUCGUGUUUUCCCGGUGUUUGUUUUGUUAAGACCCGGGGCUAAUGGCAAGAUAAGCUACACGCUGGAGACUCGUUGUUCGCCGUGGUCUAUCGGUGUGUGUGCUGUUAAUCCACUAUAUGUGUGUUUGGUCAGUCUGUCCAUCACCUCCGUCGCCCCCCCCGUCUGUCCAUCUGGCUAACCUGGAAUGGGCCACAACUCCCAAAGACUAGAACACAGCUAUUUUUAACCUGAGCUCCGCUGUUUGGACUCUAAUACUCACAGCCAACAUGUUUUGGAAAUUUGACCUCCACACCACGUCCCACAUCGACACGCUGUUGGAUAAGGAAGAUGUGACUCUGACGGAGGUGAUGGAUGAGGACGAUGUGCUGCAGGAGUGCAAGGCCCAGAACCACAAACUGGUUGACUUCCUAUUGAGACCCCAGUGCAUGGAGGACCUGGUCACCUACAUCACACAGGAACCCAGCACUGAAGUUGAGGAGAAAGUUAAAUACAAGUAUCCCAACAUAUCAUGUGAGCUGCUUACAUCCGAUGUGGGCCAGAUCAACGACCGGCUGGGAGAAGAUGAAAACCUGCUCAUAAAACUGUAUGGCUUCCUGCAGAACGAGCCGCCUCUCAACCCGCUCCUGGCCAGCUUCUUCUCCAAGGUCCUAUCCAUUCUUAUCGGACGCAAGCCAGACCAGAUAGUGGAGUUUCUGCGAAAGCGGGAUGACUUUGUGGACCUGAUGAUCAAACACAUCGGGACGUCUGCCAUUAUGGACCUGCUGCUGAGAAUGCUCACCUGCAUCGAGCCACAACAGCUACGACAGGACGUUCUCAAUGUGGGUCGCGUGCACUACUACAGUAACACAUGUCCCAUAUCUGUUAAUUUCAAUUGGACCAUCCUACAAAAUUACGGCAACUAUGCAGAAAAUAGAAGUGAAUCAGAAACUCUGGACAUGGUACAACCGUCUCAAGAUGAAGACAGACACUCCAAUGCCUCCCAGUCCCUGUGUGAGAUCAUCCGGCUGAGCCGGGACCAGAUGUUCCAGGUCCAAGGCUCCUCUGAUCCGGACCCACUUCUGUCCACACUUGAAAAGCAGGAGACUGUGGAGCAGUUGCUUUCUAAUAUCUUUGACAAGGAGAAGAAGGAAUCUGCAAUCGUCAGUGUCAUCCAGAUCCUCCUCACAUUAUUUGAGACCAGGAGACCAGCGUUCGAGGGUCAUAUGGAGUGCCCCCCUGGGAUGUCCCACCCUUCAUUCUCCGUUAACCACAGCAUCCUAGAGGCUGUGAGACCCCGACUCAAAGACUUUCACCAGCUGCUACUCGAACCCCCAAAGGCCAACGUGAUGAAGACAACGUGGGGGGUGCUGGACCCCCCUGUUGGCAACACCAGGCUCAAUGUGGUUAGACUGGUGGCCAGUCUGUUGCAGAGCAACACGCACAGCAUCAACACGGAACUCAUUAACCUCAACACACUGGGAGUCAUACUAGAUAUGUAUUUCAAAUACAUCUGGAACAACUUCCUCCACAUUCAAGUUGAGAUCUGCACAGCCAUGAUUCUGGCUAUGCCCCCGGCCCCCACUGACAUCCAGCUGGACACAGAGCAGGAAAACCCCCGGGAGAGCAUCCUCAUCAAACAUCUGUUUCAAAAGGGACAGUUCAUUCAGAGAAUCAUCGAGGCCUGGAGCUCCAAUGAGAAGGAUCAGGCGGAAGGCGGUCGCCGACGAGGCUACAUGGGUCACCUCACCAGAAUAGCCAACUCCAUAGUUCACAACUGCGACAAAGGCCCCAAUGGACCACAGAUCCAACACCUUAUCGCCGAGCUCCCAGCAGAGGACCGGGAGAAAUGGGAGGCCUUUAUUUCUGGCCAGCUGUCCGACACAAACAAGAGAAACACUGUUGACCUGGUGAAUACCCACCACAUCCAUUCGUCCAGUGACGAUGAGGUGGACUUUAAAGACAGCGGCUUUCACCAGGACUCCUCUCUACAACAAGCCUUUUCUGAUUAUCAGAUGCAACAAAUGACGUCCAAUUUUAUUGAGCAGUUCGGCUUCAAUGACGAAGAGUUUGCUGAACAGGACGAUGUUGUGGAUAUUCCCUUUGAUAGAAUAUCAGACAUCAAUUUUUCACUGAAUACAAAUGAAAGUGCGAAUAUAGCUUUGUUUGAGGCGCGCUGUAAGGAGAAAAUCCAGCAGUUCGAGGACGCUGGUUCAGACGAGGAGGACAUCUGGGACGAAAAGGACGUGACCUUUGCCCCAGAGGCACAAAGACGCCCCAGGAGUUCAGGCAGCACGGACAGCGAGGAAAGCACGGACUCCGAGGAGGAGGAUGUGAAGAGGGAUACGUUCGAAGCCUCCAACCCGAGCGCCGAUGACCGAAUGGAGGUGGACACAGGGCCCGUGUGGACGGCCAACUUUGACGACAUCCCCAUGGACACCGGUACGUCCACCGCUCCGGCGACCAGCCCCAGCAACCCUGCCGCCCCCGCGGCUUUGUCCCCCCCACCCUCCUCCUCUUCUACGGAGGAGCCCCCGGAGGCCGCGUGGAGCUCCACCACUCCUCCUGCCACCGCCAGCUCCGAAGGCUGGGCAGAUUUCUCCAACUUCACUCCCGUCAGCCCCAAAGACCCUCUGAGGUGCAACUCCCCUGUUGCCAUGGAAACCAGCAUAGAGACAAUGGACCCUCUGGGGGUCAACGCACCCAUACAGCCUGAAGAUCGUGAUGGUUGGCUGGGUACUAGUGUAGCUUCUCCCCCCUCGGCCUCAGCUAAGGAUUGUGGGAGACGUAAAGAAGAGGAGGAGGAGGAGGAGGAGGAGGCCGCUCCCUGUGAGCAGCGCAGCAUCACGGAGACGGUCAUCAACGGCUCCAUGAAGGAGACGCUCAGCCUCACUGUCGACGCCAAGACCGAGACCGCCGUCUUCAAGAGCGAUGAGGAGAAGAACGCCUCUGCAGAGAAAUACGUUGAGUGUGUGGAUGCAGAGAGAGCAGGCGUCAACAGCUCAGCCGCAUCCUGCUGUCCCAACACGGGCAGUGAGAAGUGUCGGCCUGGUGUCGAGCUUCCCAACGGUCCUCUGGAGGACAUGUCCCCCAACGAGGAGGCCAAACGGGACCAGAGCGCCGUGUCCUCGGAGCCGGCUGUCAACGGGCCGGCGUGAGGGUCUCCUGACGUCCAGCCGACGUCCAGCCUGUUCUGCCACACACGGGACCUCCCGCUGACCAUCCAGCAGAGACACCAUUGUUCAGAGCUGUACCGACCCCCCCCCCCCCCCCCACCCUCUCCCCCAGGACCAGCAAUACUCCUAUUGGCUCACCACUGACGGACAAGACAGGUGUACAGACACGGGACAAACUGAGAGACAUACUCAAAUGGAUACAGAAUAAUUUUUUUUUUUCUGCAUUUGUUUAUAUACUAUUGUUCUUGAAAUGAUGUGCAACUGAUAUCUUGCCACUCAAAAUGAAAUAGUAAUGUUGCUUUUAGUUAAAGAAAUGAUUGUAUGAAUAAAAUAUUUUAUAAAAAGAAAUGUAUACAGGAACAACUAAGAUGAAUUCCCACAGAAAGCCCAACCAGCUGUUACCUAAUGCAACGGUAGAUCUCCGAUCCCGUCGGUCUGAGUCUCUUAAGCCGCAUGCUCACACACUUUUAAAAAUACCACGCUGUUUUAUUUUUUGCUGCAGUUAUUUGUAAAUGUUCUUAUGUAUUCCACUGCAUUGAGUAGGAUAUGACAAGCUUUUUUUAUGGGGUGUAAUUAUUAUUCUUUUUUUUAUUAUUUAUUAUGGAAGUAACAUGAUGGUUUUAUUACUGCGCUGUACCAAAACGCCGUCCCUCCUUCCAUCAAGGCUGCGUGGGUUCUGACGGAUUCAGUGAGACGUCAUCGGAGCCCAAACUGGGAACCGGGAGUCCCACCUAAACCGCCGCCGCCGAACCAGUUCUGAAGACCAAGCGAAGCACUUGGCAGCAGGCCGCUGAAGACAAAGCGACCCCUUUGGGAAGCUCCUGGUGUCCAGGUGCUCGUUGUGCUUCGGCCGCGGUUCUGGAGCGUGAGGCUCUGUUCAGACGCAUUACACCGAAUGUGAGGCAACGGUUGCUGCAACUGUUGCCAACGCGCAGCCUCAGCCAAUCAGAUCCGCGCGCACCCCUGAACUCCCCGGCCACCUUCCAGCGCGCUCGUGGUUGUUGUUUUUUUGGUGCGUCUUGUCAGUCCGAACCCUCGUGCGGCCUCUUUGUCCUUGAUUCGGCGCCUCUAGGAAGUCUGCCUUCAAGAGGCGAUGAACUUUUGAAGGCGGUUUGCUGAUUUAGAUGAGACCAAAGUAAAAAAAAAAAAAAAAGCCAGUGUUGGUCUGAGGUCUGCAGAGUGUCCACGUGAGGUUCCAGAACACCCGACGCACAGACCUGCAGGCCGCGGUUUAAAUGCGUCUCUGUAGCCUUUCCACGGACUUGCUUCCUUUCCCCUCUUUGCCAAAUGGAACUUUUCUUUUUUCUUUUUCUAACCAACAGACGACUCACUUGGUUGGGGGGGGUUGGUCUCAAAAGAAAAUGUAGUUUUCUGCACCGUACCAGCAUCGGAAGGGGAAGCAGCUUUCUACAGAUGGUUCAACCCACUUUUCUGUCGCAUUAUUGAUUUGAAUUAAAAAUGUUGGGUCAGCCUGUCA